GGUGGGCGAUUACCCCCGUUCCUGAAGCGAGGCCCAGCUAAGGGACCUGUGCGCCACCAGUCACAGAGAGGCAACCUGCCUGGCAGGGAAGAAGUAUGGACUGGCUUCCGGCAGCUGAGAUCAGCUGCCUUUCACCUUCCACAUAGAACCACCGGCCCUGCUUGGCCCUGUCGCAUGCGUGCAAACGCUCCCGUGUCCGAAAGUCAUUCGUGGGGGACCACUUUUGUAUGGGGUGGUCCGUGCGUCCACCCGUUUUCCCAUACAAAGUGGGCCACCCAACUUCGCCCCCUACCCGGGCUGUAA